UCCCAGCCCUGAUACAGUUGACACAUGUUAAAUGACAUGUGUGAAUUACUAGGGAUAUACUUUUAAUAAUUUUAUUUAAUAUUUUACUAUUUAAGUGCUUUUUAAGUGUCUCGAUUAAUUAAGAAGGAAUUAUACUAAUUGUAGAAUUUAAAAUCUAUGUACUCAGAAAGUAAGUGAUGGCAGAAAAAUUACGAAGAUAUGAGAAAAUCGACUUUUUGGGAGAAGGACAGUUUGCCACUGUUUACAAGGCAAAAGACACCGAAACGAGUAAUAUCGUUGCAGUGAAAAAGAUAAAAGUGGGAAGUCGGGCAGAAGCCAGAGAUGGCAUAAAUCGAACAGCACUGAGAGAAAUUAAGCUUCUACAAGAAUUAAAACACGAUAAUAUUAUCGGUUUAUUAGAUGUUUUUGGUUACAAGUCAAAUGUGUCACUUGUUUUUGAUUUUAUGCACACCGAUUUAGAAGUGAUAAUUAAAGACACAAAUAUUGUGUUAACGGCGGGGAAUAUCAAGUCCUACGUGAUUCAAACUCUAAAGGGUCUCAAUUAUCUCCAUUUCAAUUGGAUUCUUCACAGAGAUUUGAAACCGAACAAUCUUCUUGUGAACAAUGAGGGGAUUUUGAAGAUCGGCGAUUUUGGUUUGGCUAAAUUCUUUGGAUCGCCAAAUCGAAUAAAUACUCAUCAAGUAGUGACAAGAUGGUACAGAGCACCGGAAUUAUUAUUUGGUGCUAGACUCUAUGGAACUGGUAUUGAUAUGUGGGCCGUUGGUUGUAUUUUAGCGGAACUAUUACUACGUGUACCAUUUUUACCAGGAGAAUCGGAUUUAGAUCAAUUAACUAGAAUAUUUCAGACUUUAGGAACGCCAACCGAAGAAACUUGGGCUGGAAUGACCGAACUGCCCGAUUUCAUUCAAUUUAAACCGUUUCCGGGUACGCCACUUAGACAUAUAUUCACUGCUGCCGGUGAUGAUCUUUUGGAUCUUUUGGCAUGUCUUCUGAAUGUCAAUCCAAAUGAACGAUGUUCAUGUGAUCAGGCACUGCAAAUGCCCUUUUUCAGCAAUAAACCGGCACCAACGCCCGGAGCAAAAUUACCUCUGCCAAUGUCCAUCAGACAACAACCAGAGGAGAAGCCUAGUCUUAAGAGAAAAUUGUUAGAAUCAAUGGAGGGAGGUGCGUCAUUAGCAAAAAGACUUCAAUUCUAGCUGGUAUAUUAUUUCCUAUUAUCUAAUUUAUAUUUUUUUUGUAAAUAAAUUUUUUAUAAUAAUUAUUCACGUAAAUAUUGUGAUCAAAAUUGACUAUAAUUUAGAAAUUGAAAUUUUCGUUUAAAAAUAAUCAUUUUUUGAUUCUUCGUCCUUAAGUAUCGUGUGAAUAUAACAAUUGUACAGUUAAUUUCUUGAGAAUUUCAAUAAAAGUGUUUUAUACUAUUUUAAAAUCAA